AUUUUGGAAGGGAGAUGGAGUUUUUCUCCAUGAUCCAGGGAGUGGGAUCGGUUGUUUCCUUCGCGACUUGAGGAAGUAGGUAGUCGGGGGAGGAGGGACAGGAUAGAAUGACUUCUACUCAUUUCUACCACAGUUUCCCAUUUGGUUAUCAGACGAAAUAGAAGAAGGGAGGGUUAUUCAUUCUUUAUUCGGCCGCAAGAAAAAUCCGGGCCAAACCUCCAUGACCACAAGCUCUCCGUUUCCUUGCUGCGAACAAAAUAAUCCCUGUACCCAAAGUUCAUGGCACCUGCUGGGAAGACGGUAGGGUUACGGCCAUUAUUAUGGACUAUACACCUGAACUUCAUGGCUAUGUUUCCCAACUACGCAACUUGAAAGGCGAGACUAUACUGGGGCUGUUGAUCACGGCAAAGCGAUACUCGCACAGCUUGCGUCCCUGGAAGGUGUCCAGUUCGAUUCCGAGCAGUUGUUCAAUGAACUCAUCUUAGCAGAUAUCAUCCAGACAGCACCAGACCUCCUGCGGCACUAUGCAAAACGUGCCCUUUAUUAAAUAACCAACCAUGAGAUUAUCUUUACUCAUGCUGAUUUGGCUCCUCAGAAAUCCUUGUCGGCGAAAGUGGCCAUGUAAUAGCGAUCCUGGAUUGGGAUGAUGCUGGUUGGCACCCAGAGUAGGUCCUGGGAAUAUGUCAAGGCGCUUCAGCCGUCGUACCUGUUGUACCUUGGCUCUACACGAGAUAGAAGAUAAGCAAGCUAUGUACCUAGGUAGGCGUAACUUGUAAUUUUAGUUAUUUUGGUGUUGUCCUCAGGGGUUCAGCCUAAAGGAACCUCUCACCAAAAUGCCUUUUGAAGUUAAACAAAUUC